AUGCCAUCAACCACGUGCCUGGACAAGCUCAAUGAAGAUAGGUCAACGCUAUUGAAACGAUAUCGCAAUGGAGUCGAGCGCGCACUUGCACGAGUAGACCUUUCAUCGUCCUUGGAAUUUAAUCUCCUACAAGCCUUCAUUCUAUACCUUACCUGCGCCCGACUAGACAGCCACGGCCCAUCAGGUAAAACCCACCUCCCUACAGCCAUCAACAUGGCAUACCGGAUGGGUCUCCACCGCGACGGCACAACACAAAACAGUUCAGUAUUGGAGACUGAAUCGCGACGUCACCUAUGGUGGCAACUCGUUACCCUUGACACCCGAACCGCAGAGGAUCACAACACAACCCCCUAUAUCCUUGAACCAUCCUUCACUACACAAUUUCCAUGUCUCAUAGUUGACACAGGCCUCCCAUCACCGAUCACAUCCAACGUCACUGCAUCUAGCACGUUCUUCCAACUACUCCAUUUUGAACUCAUAUCCUUCACCCGACGCAUCAUUUUCUCGGAUACUUUCAACCAUGCAAACGAUUAUCACAGUUUGUCCCCGAUCCAAAAGCAUAAGGCCAUCAACGACUUUCGACAGUCACUUGAAACCAGAUAUUUCUCGCACUGUGGUUCCAUAAAUCCCCUAGAGUUUAUAACCGCGGCAACUGUUCAGCUCUUCCUGGUGAAAAUGAAAUUAGCGGUGUGUAAGCCUGGACACAAUUUUCGACCUAUUUGUGUAGAGGUCCUUCAGCGAGCACUCGUGCUGAGGGAGCAUGAGCCAGGGCAGAAGUGGCUUUGGUUGGUUCAGAGAGAUAUAGAGUGUGGAAUGUUGGAGAUGCUGCUGAAUGAUCUGGGCGCGGAGGGGGUGAAUGAGGGAAGGGACGAGGCAUGGAGGGUUGUUGAGCAAGCAUAUGGGUAUUGGAAAGGAGAUGAAUCUGCACUGGAAACUGGAAAUUGGGCGGUCAUUGAGGAGUUAAGGGCCCGUGCUUUGACUGUUCGGGGUUACGAGAGCGAGGUCGAUGUGUCGAAUGGACUCGAAUUGGUGCCGGACAAUUAUGAUGCAGUGCCCGUGGAGAGGCUUGCUGAAGGUACUGGAAUUGGGGAACUGCCAGGCGAUGGGACGGUGUGCGAGUGGAGCAUGGAGGCGUUUGAGCAGUAUUUUCGGGCGCUGGGUGCCAGGGACGGUAUGUCGAAUGUGCUUUAA